AUGACAAACAUGGACGAGUAUACAAAUAUCGAUGUGCGUAGAACAUGCAAAUCAUUCCUUGACGAUUCGUCGCAACAGAAACAACUCGCCCGCAUCAAUCGACAUCCGGCGUUUUUCCAGCCGCAACACAGUUUCAGUGCACCACAGCUUUAUCCAGAGUUCCUGAAACUCUUUGCACCGCACUUUUCGCCCUACCAUUACAACUCGGCUCAAAUGGACCUUGAGCGCUUAUUCAACAAGCCCGUCAGCCAGGAGCAGCAGCAGCAGCCGACGGCCAAGCAGCAUCCUCCUCAGGGUGCUUUAGCACCAUCUCGACCUGCUCUUGUGCCGUUCCAACAGGUGCCAAUAGCACAAAGGAUGCCAUCGAAUCAGCUGCCGCCGAAGAAGGCGAUUCAACGUCAUCCCAUACUCAAUGUGAAGGUGGUUAACAAGGUUGAGUUGCCUCCGUUGGAGCCACUGCCACCCAUCGAGGACUCUUUCAUGGAAGAAGUGAAGCGAAUUGAGACAACGCAGGGGCAAUAUAAAAUGUUCUUUGGCCGCAUGAUGGACAUGAUGGAUACGCUCUGUCGGCGCUACGAUGGUCUCGAGGAGGAGCCCGAACCCAUGGCCGAUUCAGACGACGAAGAAACCGAGGAACCGCCGCCGCCGCCUUCGAAGCGUCAACGUCCCAUUGAUCGCUCGGCCACAAAUUCUCCGGAUUGCGAUAUGUCUGAUGAGGAGGAGGAAGAGGAGGAGGAUUUGUCUAAAUAUCCUGAGCGGAUUGAGUUACCCGAUGGUAGCUACACCUAUGUGCUGGGUCCCAAUGGCACCACGAUCACCAGCAAGGAGUUCGGUCAAGUAGCCUGGACAGAUGCUCCAGUUGCCACACGUGGUCUGCUCAACGUUGUCUUCACAAGCGAUGAUCUGGCCACUCACACUCUGACUGGCAAGCCGUCGCCUGCCUUCUAUGGACGCGAACGGCCUCCGAAGAAGAUGCUGGAUCCCGAUCGGGUGGAGGAUAUCAUUGUGUCCGUGAUGAAUCGCACCGGGGGCAAGGAGCGUCACAUUCGUGGCACCAUCACCACCAAGUGUGCCGACACCGCCAAGAAGUACAAGCGUCGCGCCAAGAAGCUUGCCGAAAGUGAAGCCAUCAACCAGGGACAGGGACAGUGAUGAGUUUUGGAGAUGAAUUUAGUGAUGAUGAUGGCUGGAUAUGAUUUAGCUGAUGUUUUAGUUAUUUAAGCUCUAUAUGUAUGUGACGAUUUGUGACUAUCGAUUUCCUUUUGCAAAUAAAAGUUGCUCCUUUAAAAGCA